AUGGAAGUGCUCAACACCACCACUCUUUCCUACGUGGCUCUGAUCGAGGAAAGCCAAGCGAACUCCACGGAGGCGACGCUGACUUACCAGUUGACAACUUCUCUGUUUAUCGGGACUUUGAUUCUCUGCUCCAUCAUCGGCAACGCCUGUGUGAUCGCUGCUAUAGCGCGGGAGCGCUCUCUCCAAAACGUGGCCAACUAUCUCAUCGGGUCACUGGCGGUCACGGACCUGAUGGUCUCGGUGCUGGUGCUCCCAAUGGCUGCUUUGUACCAGGUUCUCAACAAGUGGACCCUCGGGCAGGUAACCUGUGACAUAUUUAUCUCUUUAGAUGUGUUGUGUUGUACAUCUUCCAUCCUACACCUGUGCGCCAUCGCCCUGGAUCGAUACUGGGCGAUUACAGAUCCCAUCGACUAUGUGAACAAGAGGACUCCCAGACGGGCCGCUGUGCUGAUCAGUCUGACCUGGUUAGUUGGGUUUUUGAUUUCGAUCCCACCCAUGUUAGGCUGGAGAACACCCGAAGACAGAGCCAAUCCCAACGCGUGUUUAAUUAGCCAAGAUCCAGGCUACACCAUUUACUCCACCUUCGGCGCCUUUUACAUCCCCCUGGUCUUGAUGCUGGUGCUGUACGGGAGGAUAUUCCGAGCCGCCAGAUUCCGCAUCCGCAAGACAGUGAAAAAGUCCGAGAAGAAAAAAAUAGCGGACACGCGUUUGACGGUGUCCCCGGCUCUGCCCGAAAAGAAAAGCAACGGGGAGACGAGCAAGAACUGGAAGAGGAGUGUGGAGCCCAAACCUGCUUCAGUCAACGGGGCCAUCCGCCAUGGAGAAGAAGGAUCCUCGUUGGAGGUCAUCGAGGUCCACCACAACUCCAAAAGCCAUCUGCAUCUGCCCAUUGACGACAACGCUCAGUCCACCCCCUGCUUUGAGGCCAGGAACGAUAGGAACAUUGAAGCCAAGAGGAAAGUGGCCCUGGCCCGGGAGAGGAAGACUGUCAAAACUUUGGGGAUCAUCAUGGGCACCUUCAUACUCUGCUGGUUACCCUUCUUCAUCGUGGCUCUGGUUUUACCAUUCUGUGAAGAGUGUGACCUGCCAAUCUGGGUCCAGGCUGUCAUCAACUGGUUAGGCUAUUCCAACUCCCUCCUCAACCCCAUCAUAUACGCUUACUUCAACAAGGAUUUCCAAAGUGCUUUCAAAAAGAUUAUCAAAUGCAAGUUCUGAAAGGGAUGAUUUAUUAUGGAUAUCGCGUCAACGAUCGUGAUCGAUUACCGCAAUAGAUUUGCUCAGCAAAUGUAUCCAAUUCAUCGUACAA